AUGCCAGACUCGGUACCCGAGGUCAUCGAGGAUUUACGCAAGCUUUUCGGGAACCCGGAAAAGCUCUUAAAAAGUCUAGUGGCAAAGGUUCGUAGAGCACAGGCCCCGCGUAUGGAUAAGCUGGAGACAUUCCUGUACUUUGGGAUCACGGUAAAGCAGCUAUGUGAUCACCUCGAGGCUGCGGGAAUGCGUGAGCACCUUAACAAUCCCAUGCUCGUGCAAGAGCUCGUGAGCAAAUUGCCACCCGAGUAUAAACUUGACUGGGUUCGAUUCAAACGCGGCAAAAGGGAAACUCCACUGAGAAAUUUUACAAACUUCAUCAGCGAAAUAGUAUCGGAAGUCUCGGAGGUAGCGGACUUCACAGGAGUGGAGCAAGGAGUGACACUGCUCCCCGGGAAACCUAAACCGAGGAAAAAGGAGUUUAUGAACACCCACAACACUCAAAGUCACCGUUCGGGAGGGUCCCAUGCGGAAAUACCAUCGAAAGUGAAGAAGCCGUGCGUUGUCUGCAAACGUAGUGAUCAUAAACUUCGAUUCUGUGACGACUUCGGCAAACUGAACAUCCGCGAACGUUUGGAAAUCGUUGAAAAAUGGAAACUUUGCCAAUUGUGCCUUAACGACCAUGGCAAAGCACCGUGUACGUUUAGAGCGCGCUGCAAUGUACCAAAUUGCUCUAAAGGACAUCAUACCCUGUUGCACCGGGUAGAAGGAAGUAUUCAGCUGUCCAUGGUCAAGAACAAUGCACACUUUCAGACGCUACGAACCGUGAUAUUCCGCAUCGUUCCGGUUACCCUCUAUUUCGGCGAGACAGCCGUAGAAACAUCAGCCUUUCUCGACGAAGGCGCAUCUUCUACACUAGUGGAACACUCAAUCGCUGAUCUACUUGGUGUCUGUGGAAUUCCAGAACCAUUGGUGGUAUACUGGACGGCGAAUAUGAAGCGGCUUGAAGAGGCGUCACGGAAAUUCGAUCUACAGAUCUCUGCCAGAGGAACGACUGAGCGAUACCAGCUGAAAGAAGCACGUACAGUUGAUGAACUAGUCUUGCCGACACAAGACAUUAACUUAAAGGAAAUUGUCAACAAAUAUGAUCAUCUCAAGGGUCUUUCGAUUCUCGAUAGUGUUUCAGAAAUUCCCAGAAUCCUGAUUGGUCUCGACAAUCUUCAUUUGUUCGCCCCGCUCGAGUCUAAAGUGGGAAAGUUCGGAGAACCUAUAGCUGUGCGCUCUCUCCUGGGAUGGUCCGUGUAUGGUCCAGAACAACAGAGAACAUCAUCGAAGGCGUACGUACACUUUCACUCCAUGCACCCGGUUAGCAACCAACAGCUGCACGAUUUGCUAAGAACGCAGUACACAAUAGAAGAAGGUUGUACGCAAACCGAAAUACUUCCUGAAACGGAGGCCAUCUUGCGCGCUAGAAAUAUCCUCGAACAGACGACUAGGCGCGUAGGAAACCGCUUCGAAACAGGGCUGCUCUGGAAUAACGACGAAAUCACCUUACCGGACAGCUACCCGAUGGCCCUGAAGCGGAUGGCAGCACUCGAACGUAGACUUUCGAAGAACCCGAAACUACAGACGGCCAUCCAUGAGCAGAUCGAAGCAUAUCUACGAAAGGGAUAUGCCCACAAGGCAACGGAUGAAGAGUUGCGCAAUUCCGACCUUUUGAGAGUGUGGUACCUUCCGCUGAGCGUGGCUUUGAAUCCCAGGAAACCGAACAAGGUGCGCUUGGUAUGGGAUGCGGCGGCAUCCGUACAAGGGAUCUCGCUAAACUCGUGCCUUCUUAAGGGUCCCGACCUCCUAACGUCGCUACAAGGAGUUUUUUGCAAGUUUCGGGAACGACCAGUAGCAAUUGGUGGCGAUAUACGCGAAAUGUACCACCAAUUGCUCAUAAGGGCAGCUGACAAACAAACGCAACGGUUCUUAUUUCGCUUCAACUCAGCAGGCCCUCCGGAGACUUAUGUGAUGGAUGUGGCCACCUUUGGAGCCACAUGUUCACCUUGCUCAGCGCAAUUCGUCAAAAACCGCAAUGCUAUGGAGUACGCUGAACAGUUCCCUGACACGGCUGAAGCUAUCAUCAAUCGAACAUACGUAGACGACUACUUCGACAGUUUGGAUACCGAGGAGGAGGCACUACGUAGAGCCAAGGAGGUGCGCUUUGUCAACGGUGAAGCAGGGUUCGAAGUAAGAAACUGGUCUUCAAAUUCGCAGUGGGUGCUGCAAGGUCUAGGGGAAGAAUCAUCUUCCGAAUCAGUGCACUUUCACCUAGAUAAAAACACCGAAAACGAACGAGUGUUGGGCGUUAUCUGGAAUCCCCAUCAAGAUGUCCUAUCGUUCGCUACCGUGUCAAAAGCAGAAAGUUCCCUGCAUUCGUCCUGGAAACCAACUAAAAGAGAAGUUCUUAGUAUGGUGAUGACACUGUUCGACCCGCUGGGUUUAUUGGCUCCGUUCACUACACUCGGUAAAAUGCUGGUACAGGACCUCUGGCGUUCUGGUUGCGACUGGGACACCGAAAUCAACGACGAGUCGAACAAAAAAUGGACAUCGUGGAUUAACGCGUUACCCGAAAUUUACGAGCUAAAGAUCCCGCGCAGUUACUUUGGGAACGUGCAAUCCCAGUACUAUGGACCAGUGGAACUGCAUGUGUUUACCGACGCUGGAGAAAACGCCUUCGGAUGCGCUGGAUAUUUGCGGAUUGUAGUCGACGGAGAACGGCAGUACUGGGAGCGCGAAUGGCACAUACUGGACGGAUUCCCGAACUGUCCUAUCUUGGAUUUCAUCGGAUCAGAAGCGCUACAAGCAGUACACCGCCUGACGAAAUGGAGAAGUGACUCCGGAUUGUGUUCUGAGUGGUUCAAUGGACCACGAUCCCUCUACGAGAACAUGAACAUCGAACUACAACAACUCCCUCCGGCUAAUACCAAGUGCGAACUACGACCUGUGCAUUUGUUUCACGGUGCAACACCUUUAGAGAAGCUAAUCGACGAGAGCCGAUUUUCCAAGUGGAACGUCCUGGCCCGUGGUGAGCCCAUCGAAAUUCUAAAGAGAAUGCCGAAUCAUUUGAAGGAAACAGCAAUUCCAUCGGUCAUGACGCCUUUGAAACAAGAAGAAUACCGACGUGCCGAAAACAUUCUCUUCAGGACAGCUCAGUGCGACGCCUUUGGAGACGAAAUCAAGAUUCUGAAGAAAAAUCAGGAGUUGGAACCAUCACGAUGGUUUGCCAUUGAGAAGACCAGCCCGCUCUAUAAGCUGACUCCACUCUUGGAUGACGAACAGGUGUUGCGAAUGGAAGGACGUUGCGAUAGGGCCGAACUUCUACCGUUCGAUAUGCGGUUCCCAAUAAUCCUACCAAAAAACUGUAGUGUGACCCAACUUAUAGUACGACAUUACCAUGAAGCGUACGGACAUGCAUUCAGAGAAACGGUGAAGAACGAGAUAAAGAAACGGUUCUUCGUCUUCAGCCUGAGUUCGGUAAUAGCGAAGGUUGAACAAAACUGCAUCUGGUGCAAGGUGCAUAAGAACCGUCCCAAGUGUCCUAGAAUGGCUUCGCUUCCAGUUCAACGGUUGACACCCUAUCAGCGACCGUUUACGUUUGUCGGUAUCGACUACCUUGGGCCAGUGCAAGUGUCCGUUGGACGGCGAAUAGAAAAAAGGUGGAUCGUCUUAUUCACCUGUCUGGUCGUACGAGCCGUCCACCUGGAGGUGGCCCAUAAUCUUACCGCUCAAUCAUGCGCUAUGGCGAUCCGACGAUUCAACACACGAUGGUGA